ACUUCAAACAUUACACUGCUUUUAUGUUUCUGCCAUGCAGCUCCACAAGAUUUCUAUUGCAAUGCAUAAUAAGUCUCAUUCUUUAGCUGUUAUGUGAAAGAAAAAAAAAAAAAAAACUCAAACACCCACUGAAGAAAUUGAAAGCAAAAGAACUGAAUUUGUUGAGCAAACUUCAGUAGAAAGAUGUUUCCAACAAAGCCUUUGCAACGCAGCUCCGAUGGCAUAGUCCACCAGGUAAUGUCAAUGAUGGUUCAAAACCGACCCUUCGAUGCUCAACUCGCUUCUUCAACAAUUUCAAAUCCAUGGACAACUGAUUCAGUUUCAGAUAUCUUAAGAUCCGUUCCCAAGUUCUUUUUUCAAUCCCUUCGUUCCAUUGGCCGUCAAAAAGGCUUCCGCCACCGUGCUCCUUUAAAGCAAAGAAACCUUAAACAAGAGAAAUUUAAGAUUUCCCAUAAUGUUCUUCUCCUUGGGCCUGCUGCUUAUAGAGACCCCGAAAGGGUAGCUUUAGGACUAGAUAAAGCAAUGGAAUUCUAUUUAUGGGUGGAAAAGUUUUUCGGGUUUUCUCAUAAUGAGAAAACUUGUAAAGAAAUGGCUUUUGUUUUGGCUAAAGGUAAUAAUUUGAAGGGUCUUUGGGAUUUUCUAAAGGAAAUGUCUAGGGUUGAUAAUGGGAGUCUUGUUACUACUACUUCUAUCACCUGUUUGAUUAAAGUCCUAGGUGAAGAAGGGUUAGUUAAUGAAGCAUUGGCUUGUUUUUAUAGAAUGAAGCAAUAUCAUUGCAAACCUGAUGUUUUUGCAUAUAAUAUGAUUAUUCGUGCCCUUUGUAGAGUUGGGAAUUUUAAUAAAGCAAGGUUCUUGUUGGAACAAAUGGAAUUACCAGGUUUCAGAUGUCCACCCGAUGUGUAUACAUAUACAAUUUUGAUAAGUUCUUAUUGUAAGUUCAGUAUGCAAACAGGAUGUCGAAAGGCAAUUCGAAGGAGGCUUUAUGAGGCGAAUCACUUGUUUCGUGAGAUGUUGUUUAAGGGUUUUGUCCCUGAUGUUGUGACUUAUAAUUGUUUGAUUGAUGGUUGUUGUAAGACGAAUCGAAUUGAAAGGGCUUUGGAACUUUUUGAAGAUAUGAAUAAAAGGAAUUGUGUUCCAAACCGGAUCACCUAUAAUUCUUUCAUUAGGUACUAUUGUGCUGUUAAUGAGAUCGAUAAAGGUAUUGAGAUGAUGCGGAGGAUGCAACGGAUGAAUCAUGGCGUAGCAACAAAUAGUUCGUAUACUCCGAUUAUACAUGCUCUGUGUGAAGCUGAAAGGGUGUUGGAGGCCAAGGGUUUUCUUUUUGAGUUGAUCAGAGGGGGAUCUAUCCCAAGAGAGUAUACAUAUAAGUUAGUUUGUGAUGCACUGAAUUCAGUAGGAGCAGCCAAUUUGAUCGACGACGAGAUGCAUAAAAGAAUAAGAGAUGGUGUCGGCAGCAGAUGUAGACAAGUUAUGAAAGUGAAACAUAUAACAAGUCACAUACGGACAACGAGGAUGGUGGAGGAAGUUUAGCAAUCAAGGAAAGCUAUUUAUGCUCAACCAUGUAAAGCAAAGCAGACAAGAAGUCGGUUGAUUGUUGGGGCACUCUGGUGGUAAGUAUUACAGAGUGAAUAACGAGGAUGGUGGAGGAACUUUCUUUCCGCAGAUUUUGAAGUUUCAAUUUAUAAUUGGUUUUACCUACGGUCUUAUUGUUGGAGAAUAAUGCUCUCAUUGUUGCGGCUCAGGAACCUUUUUCACCUGCAAAACAUUCAUGCAUUUUGGUUUUUCAUAUCAGUUUCUACUGAGUUCCCCUACUUCCAAGUUGUCCAUCUAUUGUAUGGUCUUGUAUACUACAAAAUAUUUGUGUACAAGAAUUUGAACUAAGUAUGUCAAAACCUUUGAUGCUAAUUAUGGGCUGAUGGCCAAGUUGAAAUCACUUCAAAUAUUAGGAUGUUUAGUUGGCUUCAUCAAGACUGUCAUUAUUUCAUAUAUCUUGUUGCUUGCACAAAAAGAAACUAUACUUCAAGCCCCCAUUUUCUGCUUCAUAUGCAUGUCCAAGAAAAGUGAAAGCACUGGUGACAACCGUGGAGGCCACUGCAUGGUGGAAGUGUUGCUAAUCCAGGGGCAACCAUUACUGCAGUAGGUGUAAAUGGUGGCACGACAGCUGGUCGUGCUUGUGGGGCAGGCGUUAACAAUGGUGAGGGUGGCUGCAGUGGCUGCAGUGGCGACAGUGGUGGUGGCUAUCACUAAGUAUGCUACUGGUUUCCCAAGGGGAGGAAAAAACAAUAGAAGUGCUGUUAUGGGAAUAGAAAGGUGUAAAUGUUUCCUUUUUCUUGCUUUUCUCCAUAGCUUUUUGAUAUUAUGAAUUCUAAAUUUCAAUGGAAUUAAACUAAAAAAAUUGUGGUUCUUUAUAUAAGUUGAAUUAUUGUUUAUAGAUUAGGUGAAAUUAGCAAAGAUUCUGAUAACUUUGCGGGCCA